CGCGAGCCUGAAUGUUGUUUUCUAUUCGGACGGCGCAGUCACGCGAACCAGCUGUGCGGCGGAAGCAGUUGCAUACAGUUUGUUAAGUUUAAUCGCAACAUUAUUCCACAUUCGCGACGCGCUGUACAUUUGAUUAGUUACAUCGUCGCCAUCGUUUCAACCCGCCCUCCGACGGCAUUCGUGAAAGUGUUAACUACUAAAUCGCUUUAGUAUAACUAUUUCCAUUCAGAUCCAUUCGCUCGAUUUGUGAUAAGCGAGCGUUUAUCAGUUCGCUUAGUGAUAGAGUGGUAUAGGAUAGAAGCAGGCAAAAACAAAAAGUGCAUCACCAUGGGAUUAUCGGCGGGGUCCAAGGCGCCUUGAAGGGCACCGUAUCCCUACGUUGUGCGUUGGUUCUGUUUAUAUUCGCGAUCGUCGGUCAGACCGUCCAAAGGUCACACAACCAGCGAAAGUGGAAAUUGGUGUGAUUUAGUGUUUUCCAGUGCAAGUGCAAUGGUCCAAACGAAGGAAGAGGUUUAAUUGUUUGUUACCUUUGGCUGUGCCUUCUUAUAUAACUUGGCCAGCGUCGGCAAAUUUGCGUGUAGAUAAACACCAUCAGUGCGGUAUCGUUUCCUCGAUGAAUAAUCAAUCAGCCAAAAUCAGUCCAUUUUAAUCUACACAUCCAGGCAAAACCUGUCACCCUCAUCAUGGCAUCCUCGUUUGGCCUGUGGGACUACGUCGUCUUCAUCGCGAUGCUGAUCGUUUCGGCCGGCAUCGGUGUUUACUAUCGGUUCUCCGGUGGUAAGCAGAAAACGACAACGGAAUACCUACUGGCAGAUCGUAACAUGUCCAUUUGGCCGGUUUCGUUUAGCUUGAUGGCCAGCUUCAUGUCCGCCGUCACGCUGCUGGGCGUCUCGAACGAAAACUACCAAUUCGGUACCCAGUUCGUGUCCAUUAACCUUUCCUAUGGGCUCGCGACCCCGAUCGCGGCCUACCUCUUCCUGCCAGUAUUUUUCCGCCUGCAGGCGUGCAGUGCGUACGAGUAUUUAGAGAAGCGCUUCGGCAAAAAGACCCGCCUGGCCGCAUCGCUCGCCUACACGCUGCAGAUGAUCCUGUACAUGGGCAUUGCGGUGUACGCGCCCGCCCUCGCCCUGCAGGCAGUCACGGGGCUCGACCAGGCGUACUCGAUCCUGGCGAUCGGUGGCAUCUGCACGUUCUACUCAACGAUCGGCGGCAUGAAGGCGGUCCUGUUUACCGACGUGUUCCAGUCGGUGCUUAUGUUUGCUGCCAUCUACGCGGUCAUUAUUUGCGCCGCAGUUAAGGCCGGUGGUCUCGGUCCGAUCUGGGACGCGGCAUCCGAGGGUGGCCGGCUGGAGAUUUGGAAUUUCGAUCCUAAUCCAACGACCCGCCACACCUGGUGGUCACUGACGAUCGGUGGCAUGUUCACGUACCUCUCCCUAUACGCCGUCAACCAGACACAGGUGCAACGGCUUAAAACGGUCAAGGAUCUCAAGUCGGCCCAGAAGGCGCUCUGGCUAAACUGGCCAAUCCUGUCGCUGCUGAGCCUCAGCACGUCCUUCAGUGGGCUAGCGAUCUACUACUUCUACCGUACGUGCGACCCACUGCAGCAGGGCCGUAUCAAGGUGCGCGACCAAACGAUGCCUCUCUUCGUGGUCGAUGCCAUGGGCGACUUGCCCGGUUUGCCCGGGCUGUUCGUGUCCGGUAUUUUCUCCGCCAGCCUUUCGACCGUCUCGGCUGCUCUGAACUCACUGGCCGCGGUUACACUCGAGGACUACCUGAAACCGUUGUACCUUAAGGUGAAGAAUAAACCGCUCCCGGACCUACAGUCCAGCUUCCCGAGCAAGGUGAUGGCGUUCGUGUACGGGUUGAUCUGUAUUGCGGUCGCGUUUCUCGCGCAAAAUAUGGGCGGUGUGCUGCAGGCUUCGCUCACGAUCUUCGGCGUUGUCGGGGGCCCACUGUUUGCCCUCUUCUCUAUGGGAAUGUUCACCACACGUGCCAAUCAACGGGGUGUUAUAACGGGACUUCUCACGGGACUGGCGUUUUCCCUGUGGGUAGGUUUCGGGCAGCCACGACCACCCCUGAAAACGCUCGAAUUUUCCGUCGACGACUGUUCGGAAUUUGGAGGCUUCAAUCAGACCAGUGUCCCACUAGCGAUGGCUCAACGGGCAGCGGACGUACGGCCCGAUUCCGAUUACUUCUAUCUCUACCGGCUAUCGUACAUGUGGUUCAGUGUGCUCGGUUACCUCGUCACGUUUACCGUAGGGUACGGUACAAGUCUUUUGCUUCGGUGGCGUGGAGCGGCGGGCACCGAGCGCAUCUAUCUGGACGAGCAGCAGAUUUACCUCAACACGGACCUGUUCUCGCCUCCGGUUGCACGCGCCAUGAAGCAACGGAUGGCGCGCUUGAUCGAGAAUGGUGGCGAUAUCGACGCCACGAGACAACACUCGAGCAGUGUCGUCAUUCCACCGACAAUGACCAAACAGGACGCUAGUUCGUUCUAACCAGACGUCCACCGAAGAACUCUCUACCCAAAAAUCUUUCCCGGGAGUUUUGCUCAACUAAUGUUCAAAUGGAUCAGAUGGAGAUCCUUAUAGCAUGUGGGACUUAAUUAGAAAAAAAAGAAAAUGAAAAGCCAUUAAUACAUGCAAACUAUUGCAUAUGAUGAGCGCACGAAUGAAGAGACA